GUUCACCUGACUUUCACUAUGGAGAUGUGGUGCGCAACUCCAUGACCGAAUCAAGAGUGUGUACAAAACAUCACCCGUAUCCCAGCAUCAUUUAGAUUACAUUUUUACAGAAGUGUCAAAUUUACGCAGUUAAUGUUACAGUGUUUUGUGUUGUUCAGAUCAUUUUUGCCAUGGAGAGGUUUUCUUUUCUACUUUUCUGCCUGCUUUAUGUUCUGGUUCGUUUAAGCACUGGACAGCACCAUUUACGCGCGCCUAUGGGGCCAUGGAGACAGAGAAUCCAAUGGGAGAACAACGGUCGGAUGUAUAGUUUACUCAGCACGGGGUCUGAAUAUCACGCAUCGGCACAGGCGAGGAGAGUACCUACUCAGCUCUAUCUGACUACCAGGAAUGAUUUCAACAUACGUCACCCACCUUCUGCGCCAAAUAGAUCCUCUAGAACUAGAGCAUUGGAUCUGGAGGAUGCUCCGAGAGCAUUCGAUGGAAACCCAGCAUAUUCUGAACGCACUGCGGACAGUGAGUCAGAAGCCUCGGUUAUGGGCUCCGAUGUUGGUCACUACAUCCUCGCCACUAGGCGCCACAGCACGAGCGCAACGAGGGACACGGUUCCGGUGGCGGGAUACCCAGGAGCGCGUCCCCCUCCCCAAGGAGGCACUGGCUACACUUCCAACGGUACCGGUCCCGGGGCUCUCCAGGAGUUCUCAGGCAGUGGGAUCCCGAGGGGAGGACGAAACCCUACUCGGGAUGAUGUCAGCCUGCCGGUUCGUCGACAGGUCUCUGUGUCACCGGUUAGGAGCGAAGAGAAUACGCAUGGUCGCGGCACUAGCCAGGCGCGACAUGAGAGCCCAGAAGCAUCAACCCACCCACCCACAUCUGGCUACGUGAAUAAUGCCGAGGAUGCAGGCAACAGACAACGCGCCCAGCGCACUGCCCAAGCGGCGGAUUCCAUUCCCUCAUCCAGACGCAUUCCAGCUCCAGAAUCAAAUGCAUCUCCAACUGCGCUGAGUGUGCUUUCUAACAAUGGCGUGGAGGCGCACAUCACUCGCUCGCAGCCCCAGCAACCAAGGACGGUUGAAAGUAAUAAUAUGAUAGGUGAUGAUGGUGGUGAUCCCACGGACCCAAAUAAAAACCACCAAAAUUCUGUUUUUUAUAACAUAUACCCGUCAGGCGGAAGAACCAGAGAACCUGUGCGUCUUCCACCAGGAACAGGCUAUGGCACCAGAUUAUUUCAUAACGGUAAGGUAGACAUUGAUGUGAGAAUUAGGCUAGCUAUCUAUAUCUUAUAGAGUAGGGUGUUCUAUUUUACCCAGGGCCAUUUGCUUUGCAUUAUGCAGACAUAUUUUUACAUCCAGAUAAAAGUACAGAGUAUUACAAACGAUUCAUACAACUCUUCAGACCCUCUUGUUUAUAAAAAUACAAAUGUGGUAGGUUACAACAACCCUCACACACCCUUGUAAAUCAUACAACUAACACGGAUGGAUUGUGAUUCCUCUUCCCCAGGUCUCCCAGACCUUGUUCCUGACCCCUACUAUAUCCAAACUGCUUCUUAUAUCCAACGAGUACAGAUGUAUGCCCUGAGAUGUGCAGGAGAGGAAAACUGUCUGUCACGGUAGGAGUUCAUGUUUUAUUAUUGAUUAUGCAUAUCAAUGUGUAAGAGCAAUAGCACAAAAACAUUUAUCUUGACAUCAUCAAUGUAUUAUAACACUAAUUAAUCAUAUUUGACAUGUACAGUCAUUUGUUUGAUUAGAGGUAGACAUCAGACAGGAUGUGUCGACCAGACUUCCUUGGCACUGGCCCAUUUGGGAGUAACAGUAUAGUGACAGCACCAUACAACCUGGCAGCCGACCUCGAUUUUUCCGUCUGUCUCUCUGCUCUGCCAAGUAAAAUAAACUUCAAAUGAACGGCUGUGGAUUCCUGAGGUGAAUGUUAAACUAUUCCAAAUACACCUCAAGCCUCCUCCUCAGUGUCUUCUAAAGUAUAAUACGUGAACUGUUACUCAAUUGUUAUUAAGUUGUUAUUAAGCUGUCAUUAAUGAUCAUUCAAAUGACGGUCCAUGCACUUAUCCGUUAUAAUUGGGGCCAGGAGUUUUUUCUGACCAAGAAAGCUAUGGUCAGGUGACAUUGUCAGGAAAAACUCCUGACCCCAGUCAUUAUGUACAGUCUAUUAUUUGUAUUUGUAAUUUCUCUCCCCCAAGGUCAGCGUAUCGACCAGGUGUCAGAGACAUCGACUACAGGACUCUGCUGAGGUUUCCCCAGAGGGUGAAGAACCAGGGGACAGCUGACUUCCUCCCAGUCAAACCCAGACACCAAUGGGAAUGGCACAGCUGCCACCAGCACUACCACAGCAUGGAGGCCUUCAGUAACUAUGACCUGCUGGAUGUCAUCACAGGCAGGAAGGUGGCAGAGGGACACAAGGCCAGCUUCUGUCUGGAGGACACCAGCUGUGACCUGGGAGUCCGCCGACGCUUCGCCUGCACAGCACACACACAGGUUCUGAUAGUUUAAUUGAUCAAUCGAUCAACCAAUUUAGUUUGUUAUAUGUUUUUAAUCACAUGUUUGGUACAGGGAUUGGGUCCUGGUUGCUAUGACACCUACAAUGCCAACAUUGACUGCCAGUGGAUUGACAUCACGGACGUGCCACCGGGAAACUAUAUUCUCAAGGUAACAUUAUAGCCAGUUUAAUGAAGAGACAGAUAUACAGUGAGCUCCAAAAGUAUUGGGACAGUAUUGGCUCUGUACUCCAGCACUUUGGUUGUGAAACGAUACAAUGACUACGAGGUUAAAGUGCAGACUGUCAGCUUUAAUUUUAGGGUAUUUUCAUACAUAUCGGGUGAACCGUUUAGAAAUUACAGCACUUUUUGUGCAUAUUCCCCCCAUUUUAGGGGACCAAAAGUAUUGGGAGAAAUCUACUUAUAUGUAUAGUAAAGUAGUCAAACAUUUAUUAUUCGGAUAGUCCUGAAUGAAUCUUGAAUAAUGAUGAGUGAGAAAGUUACAGACGCACAAAUAUCAUACCCCCAAGACAUGCUAACCUCUCACCAUUACAAUAACAGGGGAGGUAAGCAUUUCUUGGGGGGUAUGAUAUUUGUGCGUCAUUAUUCAAAAUUCAUUCAGGAUUAUCCGUAAUCAUGGUAGCAUCCACAUUAAUGUAGAAGUGUUUAGAAACAUAUUCUAUUCUUAUUUACAAUAAAAGUGACUCCAAAAUGACACAAUACAUUUUUUAACAUUCAUUUCCAUUGGGCACAAAAUAAUCUGAAAUACAACCAAAACAAACAGAAAAUGCAUCCAACAAGUUUGUAGAGUUACAAGCUUGAUGUAAUCAUUACGAGCUAGAUAUAUGGGACCAAAUACUAAACUUUUGACUACUUUAAAUGGGGGGACUACAUACAAAAAGUGCUGUAAUUUCUAAACGGUUCACCCGAAAUGGAUGAAAAUACCCUUAAAUUAAAGCUGACAGUCUGCACUGUAAGCUCAUAGUCAUUGUAUUAUUGCAAAUCUAAAGUGCUGGAGUACAGAGCCAAAACAACAAAAUAUAUGUGUCACUGUCCCAAUACUUUUGGAGCUCACUGUAAACCCGAUAGAUACAGUUAUUUUGCACUGGCAUUUUUCAGUUGUCCAAAACGUAUUGCAAAACUAGCAACAUGUCAUUGACCCGUCUUGUCUCAUGAUGUACGUCAGGUGACGGUAAACCCAACUAUGCAAGUGCAGGAGUCAGAUUUCUCAAACAACAUAGUGAAGUGUGACAUCAGGUACACAGGAAACUAUGUCCAAGCCAGGAACUGUAGGAUCACU